AUGGCUACCGGUCAAGGCGGCCCGCUCAAGGGCAUUCUGAAAACCCCUGGUGAGCCUUCAGAGAAGCCCGAAACUGCGCGCGAAGUUGCUAUCCGCCACGCCACGCUGCUAGAGCAUAGAAAGCAGCUCGAAAGCCAGAUUCUCGACAGCUUAAUCCUCUUGUCCGAGUAUCCCCUUGUCAGAGAUGCUCAGUUCAACGCGUCAAACCCAGCGACAACCGACAUCGCAGACUUCAAAGCCAACGUCCGACUCUUUCAGCCCUCCGACUACGAUGAUCUCAUUGAGGAGCGCAACGUGAACGAGCUAUGUGGAUAUACCCUGUGUGCGAAGCCUAGACGCCAGACAGGAUCGGGCGGCGAGUGGAAAAUUACGAGCAGCGGCGAGAUCGUCAAGCGAAAGGAGCUUGAGAAGUGGUGCUCUCAGCAGUGUGCGCGCAGAGCCCUCUUUGUCAAGGUCCAGCUUAACGAGACGGCUGCCUGGGAACGAGCUGGCAUCCCUGAUAUUCAGAUCGAUUUGUUGGAUGAAGAUCGAUCAACCGAGACGGAAGCAGAUCGAACUGCUCGCAAGCUCGGGGAGCUCAAGCUUGAAGAUCAACGACAGGCUGCCCGAGACUCAGCUGCUCUCGCAAUGGAAAGAGGCGAUAACAAGAUUGGCCCCUCAGUUAACAAGGUCAAGGUUACGUUGAAAGAGAAGGACGUCAAAACGCCGCCUGAGUUUGCCCAACCGACCGAAGCUGGCAACUCGGAGGAUCAUCUACUUGUUGAUGGUUACAAGGCGAAAAUUCCCGAUAAGAAAAAGGAAUCAGACGUAUGA